UUGUGUCACUUACAGUGUAAAAUAUGUCAUUUUUUAGGUUUGGAUCAGUAGCGGGGCUGGGCUGUGUGUUACCAACAUGGCGCUGUUUUGUAUCGGGAAUGUGGCUGUGCUGCCUUCACGGCUACCAGAAAUGUGGAAUUCUGACAAAAAAACAACCAUAAUAACCCAGGCUCAACGUGGUGCAUUGUUGGUAAAGUUGGCAGGGUUGCUGAUACAUUUCCUGAAACACUCAGUUUUGUAAAAGGCAACAUAUUGAUACUCAGUGUAGCUGAAAUAACACUUAUUUACAUUACUUACAUGUAUCUUGUAUGUCACGGCAUCAUCAGGCAACGAUGACUUGAGUGAUUAAUAGAGUAUCACCACUAUAAACCAGCUAUUUCAGGGUUCAUUUUUAAAAAGCCAAAACCAAAAGCACUUUAUUUGGAUGAGAGUAGAAUCGCUUUUAACACCAGAGGGUUUCUAAGUACUACAACUUUAAAGGCACCACUACUUUCACUUGAGGCAUGGAACACCCAGCCUGUAUUUUGGAGGAAUUGAAGCAGUUUGUCCUAAAGGAAGCCCCACCAACAGUGUAUUACAUCCCAGAUUUCAUAUCGGAAGAUGAGGAGUCUUAUCUUCAGCAGCAGGUGUAUAAGUCUCCCAAAACCAAAUGGACUCAGCUGUCGGGCCGAAGGCUUCAGAACUGGGGAGGGUUACCACAUCCCAAAGGCAUGCUGGCAGAAAAGAUGCCUGACUGGCUCUGGCCGUACUGUGAGAAAAUCUCCUCCCUAGGUGCAUUCAGUGGGAAAACAGCCAAUCACGUGUUGGUGAACGAGUACAAAGAAGGGGAAGGGAUCAUGCCUCAUGAGGACGGCCCUCUGUACCACCCUACUGUCACCACCGUCAGCCUGGGCUCUCACACCCUCCUGGACUUCUACACGCCCGUCAGCGUCCAGGAGGGCGACGCACCGCAGACGGAGGAGAACCGCUUCCUCUUGUCCCUGCUGGUCAAGCCUCGGAGUCUUCUGAUCCUCCAGGAUGAAAUGUACCAGCGUCUCCUUCACGGCAUCCAGCCCUGCGCCCGGGACACGCUGACGGACAAGGUGGUGAACCUGUCUGCUGCCGGGGCCUCCGCGGGAGAGACGCUGACCCGAGGCACCAGAGUGUCGCUGACCGUACGACAUGUGCCCAAAGUUAUGAAGACGAAGCUUAUCCUGGGGAGGAAAUGAAGAAAGGCCGCACGAUGGCCUGAUAGUUUGUGAUGGUACUACAUGCUACGUUUGUCUCCCCCAUGCUGCUUUGUGACGUGUAUCUCACCCGUAAUCGAUCACUUCUAGCUUGGUUAAACAUCUGUGCUGCCUCAAGGGAUCUUACUGCUGUUGUAACUUUUCUGGACAUCAUCCAAGAUAAAGACAUUGUCAAAGACAACAAUACAGAAAAGGUAGCAACUUGAAAUUGUUUCAAUUAUGGUUUCAUUCUUUAAAAAUAUUUGAAGGGAUCUGCGUAGCAAACGUCUACGGAAGAAGAAUGGUGUCUUUAAACUUGGUGUUUUUAAUGGAUGAAUGACUAAUCAUUAUUCAAUUGUUAAAACUGGAAUGAAUUUCUGUUGAUUCAUCAACUUCUCGCAUUAAAUACAUCAAAUGGAUCUAAAAUAG